AUGUCAAUGAUGAUGACCUUCCUGGCUCCGCCACACUUAAGCUCUCGUCUCCAUGGUUGGUACAGUGACGCACGAGUGGCUAUGCCAGGCAACACAUGCUGGAAGUCCUGCAGCGGAUGCUGCUGCGAAGACCUCGACUUCGCCUACUUGCGCCGCAUUCUGAUGAGCCAUGCGCAUGCACUGGACCGCCUGCCGAAGCCUGAGAGGCUGAAACGUGGAGCUUGGCUCAUGCCGGAGGUCUACGUCGCAGGCUUCCACGGCACACACCACUGCAUCGACAGCGCUGAAAGUUGGAUAAACUCGAAGGAUCCUCUCGGAAUGCUGGCGCUGCGCCUGGCCUACCUCGACUCGGAGGCCAUCUGGAAGGAGGAGCAGCAGGAGCCGGUGGACUGGAGAGACCUCUUGUUGGCACAGGAGACCUGGGGCAUAAUGCAGUUGGCCUUGACUGCGACAACGCUGGGCGAUCUGUCUCGGAGCGGUUGGCCCCUGCUGCUCCUUACGAAGGCCUUCUACCACUUCUUCGCUGCUCCAAGCACGGUGGUGGAGGAGCGAGCGAGGCUGGUCAGAGGGAGCUCUUUCGGCUGCUGCGCGUCGACGGAACAGCGGACACGAGGAUUCAGGUUCCCAGCGCACAGCACCAAAGAGUGCUGA